CAGUGUUACGCCAGCAGCCGUUGGGUUGGCACGUCUGUUAUUGUUAUGUGUGUGUGACUGAGUUCCUAUGUGUGCCAUUCGUGUUUCAUUCAGUGAAGUUGACUGAAGACUGGAAAGCAUUUAUCGUACUUCACAAAAGACAACACAAUGUGGAAAAUAAUCCUAAUAGCAUACGCCUCGUGGGCUUUGGUGGAUUCCAAAAUAUACAAUCACCACAAGAGAGAGACUGCCACAUCUUUAUGUGAUCCACUAGCUAAUAACACUAACCGAAUCCAGUGUUAUUGCGUCAAAAAUAGUUUACACCCUGAACAGAUGAAAAUAGCUGAAUGUUUUCUAACAACAAAGAAUGUUGAAUCCAAUGACUCGAGUUGGGACGAGUUCAUCAAGAUCCAAAAUAUAACCAAACUUACUUUAACUAACACGAAAGGAAUAUCACUAGAUUAUAUACCGACGAACGCUAUUAAAUAUACCAAAGGACUUACCAAGUUGGCUAUUACAUAUGGAAACAUUGAAAAAGUUCCAGCAUUCGCUUUUGCAAACUUGACACAAUUGGAUGAAAUAAAAGUGCGAGAUAACAACAUCAAAACUCUCGAAAAGUAUGCAUUUGCUCAUCACAACGCCAUAACUAGCAUCAGCUUAGAUAAUAACGCUAUUGUAGAAAUAAACAGAGAUGUAUUUAUAGACUUACCGUCGUUAGAGAACCUGUAUCUAACAGCCAAUAAAAUAACAACUAUUCAUGAUCGAGCAUUUGUACAUUUGAAUAAUCUGAGAGAGUUGGAGAUUGAUAAGAAUCGCCUAUUUAGUCUUAACAUUGAAACAUUUCGCGGGUUGCAUAAAUUACGAAGGUUGGUCCUAAGCAGCAAUAGUUUGGAAGUAAUAGGAGCCAAUACUUUUGUUCAUCUUGUUGAACUACGAUCUCUUAGUUUAGAUGCUAAUCAGAUUCAAAUGUUGGAUGAGAAGGCAUUUAGUGGUCUUACCAAAUUAACAUCGCUGACUCUUGCUCGAAAUAAAUUGGUUGAUAUUGAAAAUCCAAAUACUUUUGAGGGACUGGACAGUUUGAGAUCACUGAGUUUAAGAGAUAAUCAGUUAAAUAAAGUUAGAGCUGAUGUGAUGGCGCCGAUUGUCAAAAAUUUACAUACUCCAAGCAGCUUCUUUGAUUAUGAAGGUAACAAAUUUCCAUGCGACUGCCAUCUCGACUGGUUCUUGAAGCUUAUGAACGAGACUCAGAGCACUGUUUUGAAGAAUACUAUAGAAAAUCUUAAAUGCUACCCAAGUGAUGCCCUUCGGGAAGCUUGGAAGAAGGUGGGAGAAACAGAACAAACUGAACAACUUCAAGAGGAGGAACCACAAAAUCAAAGCGAUUAUGAAUAUUAUGAUGAGAGCCAAUUGAACGGUACACUCUUUUACACCGAUGUCAGAUUUUUACUGAACUGUUCCGGAGAUUUCCGUCGACCCAUUCCAAAUUCUAUUGCAAAUGAGAAUGUCGUCACCAAAGCAUAUUCUAGUCCUUUAAUAACAACUCCUUUACCUGUUACCAAUGCUCCUGGCCCAAAACCACACAAAUCUCAAGUGACCAAUCAUGGCUUGUUAGAUUUAGCUCAACUAGAAACGGUAACAACAGAAACACCAAAAACAGUAACUGAUUCAAAAAGGGAACUCAACAAAGUUACAGAAAGAAAUGUCAAAAAAAUGAGCCCUACCACAAGCAGAUUAGCAACAGUGUCUGCUAAACCAAUAGAUAAAAGUUACGACGUACGUGACAUGGCUUCGGAUGAAGCUAAACCCGAGAAACUUAAUGCUCGCAGAAGUUACCAAGAGGAAUUAAAACCAGAAGAGAAAUCGAACAACUCACAAAGAAACGUUGGCUGUGUAACGCUUACUUCAAUAAUAAUAAUGUUAAGCCUAAGGUCGUUUUUGUAAGUUUUAAGUAUUUUAGUUUUAAAAAUAGUUUAAGUAUAAUAAAUUGAUAUUAUAGGUUAGAAUCUCUCACAGUCAUUAAAAUAAAUAAAGCGCUUUUAA